UGGCAGUUCAUAUUUUAUGCUGAGCCAUUAAAUCAAAAAAUAUCUUAUGGAUCAUCAAAGAGAAAAAAUUUAAUAUAUAAAAAAAGCUAUUCUACUCCCACAAAGUUCUAGAAAGAAAAAAGUUAUACCAUUGUGCUAUCAUACAAAAGAUACUUUCAAAAAUUUCCUUUUUUAUUUUUCUUUACAAACUAAAUAAUAAAAAGAAAGUAAUUGGAGUUCUUUUGUUCUUCAUUUCUAAUUUCUAAAUUCAUGGGUUGUUGGUGGACCCGUCAAACAACUUCCCUUCUACCAAACACUCUUCAGUAUGCUUCCUUUGAUGAACACUUUCCGUCGGGUUCCAUUUUCUCCAAGUUUCUUUAAAUUUGCUGCAAUUCCUCGUAGAGGAUAUGCUCAAGCUGCUCAAAAAAAUGAAAAGUUGAUUCUGUCCAUGGCUUUGCCCUACCGAACCGUCUUUGACAAGGUACCUGUGACUCAGGUCGAUCUUCCCACUGAGGAUGGUGAAAUGGGUGUUUUAAAAGAUCACGUACCCAUGGUGCAAUGUUUGCGUCCUGGUGUUAUCCAGAUUACGGAUGAAUCUAACGCUGUUUCCAAGUACUUCGUUUCUGGUGGUUUUGCCGUCCAACAACCCUCGAAUGAGCUUUCUGUAACUUCCCCCGAAGCCUUUAAGUUGGAGGACUUUUCUUCUUCUGUCGUUACUCAAUUGCUCGAGAAGUACAGAGCUGAAGCUGCCUCCUCGGAUGAAAAGGUUGCUGCUGAAGCUUCGAUUCGCGUAGGAGUUUUGGAAACCCUUUCUGGUGCUUUAAAAUAAAUUUUUGCCCAUGAAUAACCUUCUCUUUUAAGUCAUCGCUAUUGUGAGAAAACAUGUAAGCACAGAGGCACUUAUAAUUGAUUUGUUUGGUUAUAAAGAGUUUAUGAACUCUCGUCUCUGGGUUAUAGCUUACAACCUUAUUCUAUCUUUUUACUUUUUUUUAACUAGCUCCCUUCUCAUUGAUUAUGACUUAUAGUCUAUGAAUAAUAUAUCAACACCUAGGUUUUCCCAUCUAAAUAAGGAAAGUCUUUCAAAAUAGUCUUGAAUGGGAAUAUCCCUUUGUAAGGUA